UUCCAUAAAUAGGACCGACCAGGGUCGACCUGCCCGUACGUGACGUGGCCUUUGUUUUAUUCAAAACAAGACACCGCACCACUUCCCCACAGAAGUAAAAGAAGUAAUAUCAACGAAAGGUUCUAGAACGCAAAAUGUUGCCGCAUCAUCAACGCCAUAAAAUGGUGGCGCUUGUUGGCGCCGCCAUUUUGUUGGCAUGCUGUCUUAUUACGCCCGUCGAGGCGAGGUCACGGGACAAGGAGGAGCGCCGUAGUCGUGGUCGUGGCAACAACGCCUCCGGGUCAUCAUCCAUUUCCUCGUCGUCCUCCUCCUCAGGCCUAGCAGGUGGCUCUUCAUCCAGCUACUACACCUCCAGCUUUGGCAGCUCCUCGAACAGUGGCAGCACUGGCUACAACGGACCCAUGGACAGCACCGGCUUCUGUACGCGUCGCCGGGAUAUGAAGCUAAUGUGCUACUGCACGCCUGACGAGAAUCAUGUGCCGGUACAGAAGGCCGAGUGUUGGGUAUUUUCGGAGGGCCUGCAUGAGAACGACACCACCUGGACACGUUUCUAUCAGCAGAAGAGGCUGCGCGAACUCAAGUUCGUCAUUCAGAACAAUGCACGUCUGGACUACAUACCCACAAUGAUUAUAGAGCCGUUGAAGAACCUAAGCAGCAUUGUCAUCGAGUAUUCCCAGGUGGAGAUUGUCAAGAGCUAUGCCUUCGCCAAUUUGCCCUUCCUGGAGCGCAUCAUUCUUAAUAAUAACCACAUAAUGGCUCUGGAUCAGGACGCAUUUGCCAACCACAUACGUCUGCGUGAACUGAAUCUGGAGCACAACCAGAUCUUUGAGAUCGAUCGCUAUGCCUUCCGUAACUUGCCGCUGUGCGAGCGCCUCUACAUGAACAAUAACAACAUAAGCACCCUGCAUGAGGGUCUCUUCGCCGAUAUGGCGCGCCUCACCUUGCUGAGCUUGGCCCACAACCAGAUUAACGUGUUGACAAGCGAGAUAUUCCGAGGCUUGGGAAAUCUUAACGUUCUCAAGCUUACCCAUAACAAUCUUAACUUUAUCGGCGACACAGUCUUUGCUGAGCUUUGGAGCUUAAGCGAACUGGAAUUGGACGAUAAUCGCAUAGAGCGCAUUUCGGAGCGUGCCCUGGAUGGAUUGAACAAUCUAAAAACACUCAACUUGCGCAACAAUUUGCUGAAGAAAAUCGACAAUGGCUUGCUUCGUGGCACGCCAGCCCUGCUGUCCAUCAACGUGCAGGCCAACAAAUUGGAAACGCUGACGUUCUACACAUUCCAGCCAAUUAUGGACAAUUUGGUCAACAGUACCAGCGAGUUGUUGGUGUCAGACAACAAAUUCAUUUGCGACUGUCGGCUACAAUGGAUCUUCGAAUUGAAAAAUCGCACACGUCACCUGCAGCUGCGUGACUCGCUGGAGGAUUUCAUUUGCUCGCUGCAGGAGCCCAAGCUGUCGCAUUUUGUCGACCCGGUGCCGUCACACAUCCUGGAUCUGCUCAACAUUGGCGGCUUCACGGCUAUCGGCAGCAACAGCGCCAGCAUGGGCGGCAUUGGCAACACCCUGGGUGGCUCCAGCUACGUCAGCAUGGAUGACCUGUCCACAGGUACAGGCAUAGGCAUCGGCAGUCGCAAGCACCCGAGCAGCAAAUCGCGGCAGGCGUUGCGCGGCCAACGACAAUUCACGGGCGCUGAAAAUGUGGUGGAGGCGAAGUUGCGGCGCAGGCGACAACUGGCGGCAGAGACUGGACUACCAGCUGUGGUGGCUGCAGUGGCGCCCACGCACAAACGCUACGACUACGACUAUGAUGUGUCCAAUGCAGGUGGUGGUCAUGUGCCCGGCUUGGGUCAUGGCGGCCUCGACAUGGACGACAACCUGAAUUUGCACAAACAGAGCUCAUUCUAUGGCGGCAGUGGUGGUUUAGUCGGCGCCACUGACCUUCACAAUGAUGUGCUGCUCACCCAUCAGCAGGGCAACAGCCUCGAUGUCGAUUCGCUGGACGCACUGUCCGGCAAAAACACCAUCAGUGUGAGGCUCUUCAUGCUGAAGCCCGAGAUGCUGCCGUGUCAUGACGAACUUAGCGAUCCCACCGAACUGCCGCUCUCUCGCGAUCUUAUGGAUGUACGCAGUAAUGUGGGCCAGGAUCUAACCAGCAUGUCCCCCAGAUUAGUGGUAGCUCUACCGACACCAGGCCUCCUCUUGGUAGUCUACUUGUAUCUGAUUAUGCUGCACUUGGGCUGAGUGGAUAAUGGCACCCUUUACUGAAUCUGCAUCCGCUUUUUUGUUGUGAUUGGAACCAGCGUGCUCUAUGCCCGAAGCGGAUGCGAAGAUUUGAAGGCGCAUUAUGAGUUUUUAAUUGUAUAUACUCGCGAGUAUUCAUUCGGUAGUCCUUAGUGUAGUCGCUUGGUAAUUGACUUUGGAGCGGUUGCAGUAACUAAACGCCAUCUCAGCUAUCAACAUAAAAUUACAACACACAAAAACGGAAUCCAGAAGAAGCCACUGUCAAGACAAGGGACUAGACAACAUUGUGGAAACGAGCUUCAGAAAAAAAAGAAAAAACACAAAAAUAUGAAUGGUAGAAUUUAUCUAAGAAAUUAUAAAGAUACAAAACGCAGACAGCCUGCGAGCUAUGUAAAUAUGUAAAGAACGGAAUUUGAUUAACUCAUAUAAAUUUAGCAUUUAGCUGUAAAGUUAGUUUGACUUGAGAAUUUCAGCAGUGAAGCAGACAGACACAACAACAACCUAACAACCUAACAACUUAACAGAAAAACAGUUAAACAAGAAAAACCAAAAUAAUAACUAAUUGAUGAAUGCAAAAGAGAACCUCCGAGCAAACUGGCGUUUCAUUUAACUCAUACUACAAUACCACUAAAUGAAUACACAGUACUACAUAAAUACUUACAUAGUUUAAAUAGCCAUAGAGUCGAUGCAUACUAUAUGUAUCUACGUGUAUAAUCGAAUCAUUUGUUUGCCAUUUGUUUACUUGAGCAAGGGUACAUACAGUUUAAAAAAGAAAAUAAACUUGGAAAGCGCUAAACGUCUUAGAUGCUGCAGCAAGCUACAGGUACAGCUAAACUAUACCAGGUAGACACGGCUAGGGAUAGAGUUGUAUUGAGAGGGCCAACAGAAGGCAUAUGCUUGUAAGAUAAACGCAAACAGCUGAACGUUUUAUUGAUAACAGAAACGAGUAACUAGGAAAUAGAAAAUAUAAACUAGAAAAUAGAGAUAUAAUAGCUACACACAUACUUGUACUAAAUAGUUAGCCUAGGCUUCACCGGAUGGUCCUGGACCAUAGGUUCUCACUCUUACUACUCGUAGUUUAGGAGCGCUUUUUAAUUGUAAGCUGAAAGACGAAAACCAGAAAAACCAGACCCAUCAAUCACAAACUAAGUACUAAUACUACGCAACCUGUUUCCGCAACGCUUAGUCUCUCAUUUCUACUGCCACGCCCACACAAACUGUCUCUUGAAUUCAGCUCUCCUUUAUUCUGUUUCCACUUGACUGCAUUCGAAAAUAUAUACAUAUACUCCUUAUAUAUUCUUUUGCAUUUUUCAAUUUUUUCACUCACAAGCAAAUUGUAGCAAGUUAAG